GUUUCUGUUUAGUGUCACUCGAUAAAGUCACCCCCCGCUUCAGAUCUCAGCAAACGACACCGGCACCAGUUCCAUUUAUUACUCAAAUUCAUCACUGGUCACACAAGCGUCAUGUCGUCUACAACGACAAGCGCAACGUCGGCAUCUGUUCCAGCAUCAGCGACAACAGCGGCGGCGACAACGCCGUUGGCAACGACAACAACGAAGAGUGGGCUAAUGCGCGGGGGCGAUGUUUACAAGGGCAAAUAUACAAACCGGUCCUGGCAGCAGCUACCGCCAGACAUCAUCAGGAUCAUUGCGACACAUUAUCUCGUUGAUUUCACAGCAAGCACUUACAUCCCGCACACAUGGCUCACAAAAGAGAUGUGGCACAACAGGGUAGUAUAUACAGUAUUACGCGACGCAAACGACCUAGAACGUCUCAUGCGCGUCUCACCAGCUUGGAAGGCAGCUCUUGAAACACACCUAUUUUGGUACCAAGCGUGUUCAAUCAUCGAUCCUCAUGAUACGCUUGCACAACAUAUCCACACAAAUCCACUUAUACCCUCCCAUCACUCCUCCCAUGCACCUCGACAGACACCGUCACCCUAUCGCCACUUCCGUACCCUGACAUCGACAUCCUGCAUAGUAUGUCUCAUAAAUGCACCCCCUGCGACCUAUAUCUCCACAGGUCUUUUCCUUGCAAAACGUACUCAUCCUACACCGACUUUGGGAGUGGUUACGCUGUGCAAAGACCAUCGACGUGCUUUCUUUUGUGGAGUUUGUUUAAGAGAGGCGCCUGUCAGCGAAUGCGAGCCAGAGACUGGCCCCUAUGCACCUAUACAUCCUUCCCUCAUGGUGUGCUGUGCCGAAAAUGAGGACGAUGAAACAUGGCCGGGAGUUGAAACUACUUGUCGCUCCUGCAGAACAGAGUUUCUAUGGCGCCGUAUUUCUGGAAGCGAGAGGGAUCGAGAGGCAAUAGGUGGUGCUCUUUGGCCCCCUACUUUUCACAGCACGGACUACCAAACUCGUCAAACCGUCGACGCCUUUAUCGAACUAGGAGAAGGGAGUAUAAGUGAGGUUCUAUGUGUAGCCAGAGAGAAACUGUGGUUAAGGAAGGAGACGAAGAUGGUAGAACUGAUGGGGCAGGCUUUAGCUGCUGCUAGGUGGGAAGGUGGAGACGAUGAUGAUGCCUGUUCAAAUUUCUCUGACCGUUCAGACACUUCCGACCCUGAUCUCCUUACACUUACCGAAGACUUAGGUGGUAUCCGGGAGCUCGCAAUCCUGGAUUGGGCGAGAGGACGGAUACUUGAUGGUUGGUGGUGCUCCCCAGCGGAUGAGUGGUAUGGAUAUGUCAGCGGGAAGAGAGGAAACGAUGACGACGUAGAAGGUGAUGACGGGGGAUGGAGAACCGUACGCGCUGUUCACCCUUGUCCCUGGAGCCACCAAUAUCGUCAAACGUCAAUGACGGCUUCGCGUUCCGCAAAUCACUCGCCUCCCUCUUACUGUUCGCCCUGUCUUCCAUCGUCUCAAUCUCAUAACCGUGUUAUACGUCCUAAACUUACUCACUCUCACCCUCUAUCACGGACGAUCGACGCGCCUACUCCCCCUUCAUUUGCGCUCUGCGAGCAAGCGUACAGAGCAUACCAGAAACAAUUGCGGUUGAUAUUACUGCCAGCCAUGAAGAAUAUUGUGAAGAGAAUGGUGGCCGAAGCUGGGGCAAGUGAGAAUGGUAGGGUAGACCCAGCUACACGCGCCGCUAGGAUGUCGAUGGAGGAAGUUCUUACAGAAUUACGCACUCCUGGUGUGUGGUUUGAUCGAGUAGAUUGGAUCGAUGAUGGGUAUAGUGAAAGGGGGCUGAGAAUGGAUGGUAAGAAAAACGACGAAGAUGUUGAAUCUUCGAGUACGGGAACGGAACGGAGCGAUGGAUCCCAUGCUACUAGCCCCGUGCUCUCCACUACCACGUUAAGGACGACUCCUUCUCCCUCUCCUGUCAGGGAGAAGGAAGAGACAUUUUCUAGUGUGGCACAGAAGUCUACCACCUCCCUUACUACAAGUCCAAGUGCAAAAUCAACUGCAGGCUUGAAUACCAAGCUGACCAUCGUCCCGAUUCCCAUUUCCCCUGUCCUCGAGUCUCCCUCACUUCUACAUCCCAUUCCUUAUGUCCCGCUUACAUCCCAGGGAAUGCCGCAAUACAGUAUGGAGGCAUUCAAAUCGGUCUGGCGCGAAGCAUGUGCUCCUUUAUAUUCUUGUCGCUGCGCUAUUUGUGAGCGCACCCUGAUAAAAUUGCAAUUGGCGGCGACAUUUUCGGGGGGAGUUCGACCAAGCGAGCCCGUACAGGUCCCGGUCCAGAGUCAGAAUCAGUUAAUCUAUGCCACUCAUCCGCAACAGCGUGCUGUCGAUGUUGUUCGUCUCGAGGAGCAGUCCCCACGUAGGUUCUUUGAGGAGGAGGAGGAAGAGGAGGAAGAGGAAGUUUAUGCGGAGGAAGAAGAGGAAAGCGAAGAGGGUGAUGAUUUGGAAUUUAGUUCAGAUGAGGCUGAGAAUGAUGCUAAGACCAGGGCGGGUCGUAGGGAUUUGAGGGUGGUUGGGGACCCGGGGACAAUUGGGAAAAUCUACCUAAGCUUGCCUCCUCAAGUGCAUACACGACAGACACAGCAGUCGGUGACGCCAAGGAAACGGUCCUCUGGAGAUCUGGACGGCGAUCAUGUCGACCGUGACUCGGGAAAUGGCGCACAAGAAACGAACCAGUCCCAAAAAAGCGGCACACCGCCCAAGCGCCCGCGAAGAGAAGCGAGUGACACAAAUCCUGUCCUGGCUGUCACUGCGCCUACACCUGAUAAUCGAGGAGACGCAGAGUCCAAGGCGAGAUCCUCACAGUGUAGUACCCCAGCGGAACAAGUGAAAUCGUCCACACCCACACGCCAGCGGAAGCGGUCAUCUGAGGAGAUCGAUACCUCUGGAGAUAAUGUUAGUGUUGGUAACGGUGGCAACAGGGAGUCUGUCGAUAAUGCGAAGCGUGCGCGUGUUGAUAACAGAGAGAUGUUAAAAGCUGGAUUAGUGAAGGGGGGGGAACUGGAUGGUUUAUAUGUUUUCGAGGCGGAAAGCGGGGGUGUGGAUAUGUCUUAAUACUGUACGUGUUAUUGUUUGACCACGAUACAAGUUCUACAAAAGGGAGGGAGGCGGAUGCCCGAGACGAUAGAGAAGCCAGAGUUUCAUUGUGCACUAUAUUGUAUUCGUAUUCCCAUUCGUUUUCAUCAAAAAAUCACGGCAGUCUUGCUCCUUUUGAUUUACUCUCACCUUGUAAUUAUUUAUUCAUCCUCUGCAAUUGUACAAUUGUAUUAUACACCGCAUACUCUCAUUCAGUUAUCGCAGUGUAAAAAUGAGGUUUGGUUACCAGCUUCAAAAUGGAAACUUCUCAACCAA